UGGUAGCUGUAUAGUUCUUUUCACGUGACUUACACCAAGAAACGUAUCUUUCCUGGUAUUUUCCUUUUGCAUUCCUUCCCUCAAGACUCGUCUAAAAGGUGCUUGCUCACUGUACUCAUCAAGGAAUGCUGUGUCGCUCUGCGGUUAUGCGCUCGCCAAAUCAUUGGAGAAUACAGUCCGCUCUUGAGGGCUCCGAUGUUUUCGAGUUCAAUCGCCCGUUUGACUCGCGCUUUCCGUAGCGCGACACUCAUUCUGGGUUUAAUCUCUUACUCAUCCUUUCUUUACCUGUAUCGUAGGCCAUACUUGAUUGACCAAAAGCGUUGUCUCGUCUUUCAAAAUGGUCCGAAUUUCUGUACUUAACGAUUGCUUAAACAACAUAGUCAACGCGGAGCGCCGUGGCAAGCGUCAAGUUCUCGUUCGCCCUUCAUCAAAGGUCGUCGUAAAAUUCUUGAGUGUCAUGCAAAGGCAUGGUUACAUUGGUGAAUUUGAAAUCAUUGAUGACCAUCGUGCUGGCAAGAUCGUCAUUCAACUCAAUGGUCGUUUGAACAAGACGGGGGUCAUUUCCCCUCGAUUCAACGUUCAGGUUACCCAAAUUGAGUCCUGGGUGAACUUGUUGCUGCCUUCUCGUGGUUUUGGUAUCAUUAUUCUGACCACAUCCUCCGGUAUCCUAGAUCAUGAGGAAGCCCGUCGCAAGAACGUUGGAGGUAAAAUUCUGGGCUAUGUUUAUUAGUAUGCCGAUACCUAGUAUGAUGUAUAUGUAUCGUAUGUACGCGAUUUAUGCAUUGCCAGUUCAGAAUUUCUCUAGAAA